AUGUCGGAAGGACCCACUUUGGAGCAGUUGCAGGAGCUGCGACGCAUCCUCCUGCUGACCGUUUACCGAAACACAUUGAAUCAGCUGAUCCUGCAGCAGCGUUCACAGCGUUUGAAUGCCAGAAAGCCGCUUUCGCUGCCCGCUUCCCUUCGCCGCCGACGGAGUUCGUCGAUGGGGGAACAGGAGAAACCCGAACGAAUCCUCAUUACCGGCAAGGUCCUUCCCCGCUUGGAGUCCCUCCUGGGCGAACCCGAGAACGAUGCUGAUCUGCUGGACGAGGAUGUUCUCGAUGCGCUGAAAUUCGAAAGAGAUAUGGAUGCCCUGCGAACGAUUUUCGAGGUGGCCAUGAAUGAUCCGGAUUUAGCGGAGAAAAAUACCACUAAGGAUGAGGACUUGAAAACUUUGGAGCAACAGAGGGAAGAGGAUAUUCCUGAAGAGCAAGAUAAGCCGAUUGAAGGUCCAGAAAUUAUUACGCAAGAUAAUGAUUUUCUGAAAAUAAUGAAUCUGCAAAUUAAAGAAGAACAAAGUGUAUUUGAAGAGAAUAAUUUUCCAGAUGAAGAUAUGAAAACCCAAGAAAUCAAAGAUGACAAUGUUUUCCAAGAGGAUGAGGGUCUGGAAAACCUCAAGCAGGCCAUUGCUGCCCUGGCUGGGAACAAAAGCGAGGAGUCACAGGCUGCCAGGCAGCUGCAGGAGUCCAAGGACGAACUAAAGAAACUGAAAGAAGAUCUGGAGAACGAAAAGCGGAAUACCAAAGAGAAGUUGCAGGAUCUGGAGGAACGGAUUGCCGACACCAAGUACAAGUUGCGCUGUGUGUCGCGGGUCAAUGACCUCGAGUACAGCUUGGUGCAACGCUGGGAGGAAGGUCGCUUGGCCCAAGGAACCAUUUGGGGUGAGAAUGCAGAGCGGGCCUACUUGAGGGACAUUUUGGACAUCAAACAAAAGCUGGCGCGCGAGGAGCGAGUAAGUGCUGAGCUUCGAUCCUUUCGCCAGCGGGAAAUCCUGGAGCUGAAGCAAAAAAUUAAGGAGUGGCAGGAGCGUUAUGUCAGCGAAAUGAAGAGAGUAGAUCGGGAAGCCGAGUCCUGGGAACUGCGCAUCCUUGAGCAAAAGAAACUACUGCAGCGUCACCGCGAAAUUUACGAGGAGCGGAUGAUCUACGUCCAGGAGUACCGCGCCCAAAAGGAGGAGGAGCAGCGGCUCCUGGACCUCCAGAUGCACCGCAUCCAGUGCGCCGUUAGGUUGCAAGCUUGGUGGCGCGGUACGAUGGUGCGUCGCGGUCUGGGACCGUUUAAGAAGAAACCAAAACGCGGCAAGCGUGGCAAGCCAAAGAAGUAG